AGGACCUCAUCAAAACCUAUACAAAAUUUUGACCCAGUUAUAACAAUUUCCCUCUUCAAUGCUCCACCAGCCCAUCCGACAUCUACCUCUCUCGUCCCUUUAAAUGCAGCAUGUACCCUCCAGCUUCCCUCUUCAAGCCUCAGUCCCACCACUCUGCAUUUCGUAACCUCUUCAUUUUCCCUCAACAAUGUCAAGAUUUUCUACUCCUUUACCCUUCAUUUCCCUGUUUGCAGCCUUGAUUUUGGUUUCUAGUACUCUUUCUGCUGCUGCCUCAUCUGGGAGUAGAAGUGAUUCUUUGCAAAAUGAGAGCUUGAAAGUGCCCAUCUCUGAAUUUGUGGGUUCUUUGGAAACCACCAUUGGUAUUAUUCGAGAUGUAACGUCUACCAUCUCAAAUUUUGGUAAUUUCUUUGGUGACCGUCGCCUUUCCAAUGCUAUAACUGAUUGUCUUGACUUGCUUGAUUUCUCUGCUGAUGAGUUGAGCUGGACCAUGUCUGCUUCUCAGAGUCCCAAGGGUAAAAAUAACAGUACUGGUGAUCUGAAUUCUGAUUUAAGGACAUGGUUAAGUGCUGCACUUGUUAAUCAAGACACAUGCAUUGAUGGAUUUGAAGGCACCAGUAGCAUACUCGGAAGCCUAGUAGCAGGUGGUCUGAACCAGAUCACUUCAUUAGUCCAAGAGCUUCUCAACAAUGUGGACUCAAAAUCCAAUUCUAAAACCAAUGGAGUUGAAAAUGAUAAAUUCCCUUCAUGGGUUAAGCAUGAGGAUCGUAAAUUGCUGGUGAUAAAUGGAGUGACCCCUGAUGCUAUAGUAGCAGCAGAUGGGACUGGAAAUUUCACCAAGAUAAAGGAUGCAGUAUCAGCUGCACCUGAUUAUAGCAUGCGUAGACACAUCAUAUAUAUUAAGAAGGGAUUUUAUAAUGAGUAUGUUGAGAUUAAGAAGAAGAAAUGGAAUCUAAUGAUGGUUGGUGAUGGCAUGGGUGUCACAGUAAUCUCUGGCAACAGGAAUUUUAUUGAUGGGUGGACCACUUUUCGCUCAGCAACAUUUGCUGUUAGCGGGAGAGGAUUCAUAGCUCGUGACUUAACUUUUGAAAACACAGCAGGAGCUGCAAAGCAUCAAGCAGUGGCUCUCCGAUCAGAUUCCGAUCUAUCAGUCUUUUUCCGGUGUGAAUUUAAGGGCUACCAAGACACACUCUACACACAUACAAUGCGACAAUUCUACAGAGAUUGUCGUAUCAGCGGAACUGUAGACUUCAUUUUCGGCGACGCCACUGCUGUCUUCCAAAACUGCCAGAUUCUGGCAAAGAAAGGCUUACCAAACCAAAAGAACACCAUAACAGCUCACGGCCGCAAGGACCCAAAUCAACCAACUGGAUACUCCAUCCAAUUUUGCAACAUCUCAGCUGAUAUCGAUCUCCUGCCUUAUGCAAAUUCCACAUACACUUACCUCGGCAGGCCGUGGAAAAAUUUUUCAAGAACCGUGUUCAUGCAGUCAUAUAUGAGCAAUGCUAUAAGGCCAGAGGGGUGGCUGGAGUGGAAUGGUGAUCAGUAUUUAGAAACUUUGUAUUAUGGUGAGUACUCGAAUCAUGGGCCAGGAGCUGGUCUUGGGAACAGGGUCCGGUGGCCUGGGUAUCAUAUUUUCAAUACUUCUUAUCAGGCUAGUAAUUUCACUGUGGCUCAGUUCAUUGAAGGGAACUUGUGGUUGCCUUCCACGGGAGUGAAAUACACGGCUGGUUUGGAUGUUUAAUCUUCAUUGGAUGCUCUAUUUAAAUUAUUUUAAACUGUUCUUUAUUCAAUUGAGAGUGAGGUUGUGUCACGGGAUUUGAUGUAUCAACCAGAAGAUGUGCAUCCCAUAUGGUUAGCCCUAGUAUAAAGAUCAUAAUAUAAAUAUGUCUGUGUGAAGUAUUAUUUCUUGCUUUUAAAA